AUGCCCCCGUUCAUUGCGUCUUGUUGGUCCCUUCUACACUCUGCCAUAUGCUGGACGGUCUUCCCUUUGAUCCAAUUCCUCCAGACUGCGCUCAAGCUCAAAGGAAGCCGACUUGCGGAGCUGCAACAUCCAGCAAAGGAUCUCCCCAAGCCGAAUGGCCCGUCGGGCUAUGCAGAUACAUGCCUGACCGUUCAACAUCAGACAGGUCUGGACAUCAUAGGCGUUGGAGCAGCCGGUCAAGUGUAUAAUGUCGAUGAGGACAUUGUUCUAAAGACGUGUCGAAUCUACGAGCCCCCUUCAGAGCAGGCGACACCCAGAGCUCUGUGGGACUAUGCGUCGGAAACCAUCUUCCACUUUGGCCUUCUGAAAGACGAGAGAGCCAUCCUGCGUCUACUAGCGGAGCGUCCCCACCCAAACAUCAUCGAGGUCAUUGAUGUGGAUCAACCCGAGGGGAUCUAUCUCCGCAAAUACCGACCGCUUUCCGCCAUACAGCCAGCAUCCCAGUCCGAUCGCAUCCUGUGGUAUCGGGAUCUUAUCCGGGCGCUUCUGCAUCUCCACACGCUGGGGGUUACGCAUUCCGACAUCCGCACCGACAACGUCUUAUUCGACGCCAAUGGCCACGCGGUCUUGAGUGAUUUCGGCGCCAGUUGCCCCUUCGGGUACCCGAAUCCUUCUCUGCCGGUGCUGAUGAAUGGACCGUCGGAGACCGUCUCGGAUGCGACGGAUCGGUUCGCGAUGGCCUCGAUGAUAUACGAGCUCGAAACCGGAGGUCGCCCUGAAAUUGUAUCCGCUGACGCUGCGGGGGGUUUGAUUUUGCCUGUUGUUCAGACAGGAAAUCGCCAUCUCGACUCCCUGAUUGAGAAGGCUUGGCAGGGGCGCUUUAAUUCCACGGCAGCUAUGUUACAGCACGUCGAGAGUGUCAACGAUGACUAUGGGGACGAUGGUGAAAAAGAUGGGGGAGAUCACCGCCAGGCGGAUGUGGAUCGUGCAUCGAGAUCGAAAUUGCGUGAGCGAAUUAUCUCAUGGCGAACGAACCGAGUGGCCCAAUAUGGUAAUAUGCUCACUGCCUUUCUUUGUUUUCAUUGCAAGAGUUGGUCUCUUGAUUUGUACUAA